AUGUCGGACAAGGCAGCACAAGAGUAUAUCGAAAACAUUUCCACGUCCACUCCAUCAGCUACGGAUAUCGAGAAGACCAACGAGCAUUAUGAUGCAGCAGUGGGCGCAAACUUGGAGCUCGAUGAAAGUUCUCUGCCUCCGGGGUAUUUCCGGUCCAGAUUCUUCAUCGGAUCUAUGGCUGGUAUCGGUCUCGGAUUGAUGGCUGGUGUUGCUGCGUUUGGAUAUGCGGCUCCAAUUCUCAGUAUCAUCAACGCGGAUAUUGGACCAGAUCCAAAUAUCAACUGGGUCGCUCUAUCUUACACACUGACAUCUGCUGUUGCUAUCACAAUCGUUGGAAGAGUGUCUGACAUCUUUGGGCGGAGAUGGGUAUUCGUCGGGGGUGCUUUCUUAGGAGUUAUUGGGGCCAUUGUAUGCGCCACUGCGCAGAGUGUAAACACACUGAUUGGCGGUACCACUAUAUGUGGAAUAGCCGCAGCGACCCAGCUUUCCUAUUUCUUCGUCAUGGGCGAACUCGUACCCAUGAAAUAUCGUCUCGCUGGGAACGCCUUUUGCUACCUCUUCUGCAUCCCCGGAUCUGGAUUCGCACCAAUGAUAUCCAACGCGUUUAUCGUGUACCAUCACAAGGUCGGAUGGCGCGGUGCUUAUUAUGUGCUCAUUGGAAUUGAAACUGCCUCCUUUUUAUGCUGGUUCUUCUUUUAUCAUCCACCCACGUUCAAAAUGAAGCAUGGCGAGCAAGCCUCUAAACUCCAAUACGCAAAAGAUUUCGAUUACAUCGGAACUACACUGUACACCGGAGGUCUUCUUAUUCUCAUGAUGGGCUUGAACUGGGGAGGAGCUGUCCAUCCAUGGACUUCUUCAUAUGUCAUCGCAACGAUAGUAGUCGGUUUCGCCUCGCUAGUUAUUUUCGUGCUCUGGGAGUGCUACGCCAACCUUAAGGAGCCUCUCGUACCUAUGCACAUCUUCUCCAAUUAUUCGUGGAACGCCUCUGUCAUUCUCACCGGACUGGGUGCAUCGGUGUACUACGCUUUCGCCAUUGUAUGGCCGUCCAUGGUGACUGUGCUAUACAGUGAUGGUGGAGUCAUGGCAAGUGCUGGGCUGUCGACAUUUGUAGGUCUUUUCAUCACUCUCGGGCAAAUCGUUGGUGGCUUUCUGGGGAAAAAGAUCGGAUAUCUCAAAUGGCAAUGCGUGGUUGGUAUUACGCUUGGGGGAAUAUGUUUUGGUUCCAUGGCAACAUGCGGCGUUGGUACAAAGGCGCGAGCUGGUGCUCUCGUCUCGGUGGGUGUCUUCUUCGUGGGGUGGGUAGAGGGUGCAGCCAUCACGAUUGUGACUCUCGCCGCAAAAGACCAAUACGCGCUGGGAACCUCCGCCGGAAUAGCAGGAUCAAUUCGAUUCCUCAUUUCAUCUGUUGCAUCGACUGUUUAUUCUGUCAUUUUAUCAAAUCGUCUGGCUACAACCAUCGCUGUACGUGUUCCUUCCGCUGUCAUUGCGGCCGGGCUUCCUGCUUCCUCAGUUGCUCCAUUCAUCUCUGCAUUCGCAGUGGGCGAGGCAGCGUUCGCGCAGAUACCCGGAGUGACUCCAGAGAUCAUGGCAGUCGGUACCCUUGCCUAUCAGCAUGCCAACGCAGAUGCAUAUCGGACUGUCUUUUUCUCUAAUAUCGCAUUCUCUGGUGUUGCUAUCAUUUGUAGCUUGUUGCUGCCCAACGUGGAUCAUCUCUUGACUGGCCAGGUUGCAGCGACACUGCAUGACGGGGGUAACGAAGGGAAGAUUGCUGGAGAGUAA